CAUACUAGGCUCGAAAAACCAUCACAAAAACAUGAAAACUUAGCCAUCCGAAAUUCAACAAAAAGCGACUUUUCUACACCUCGUCAACCCCAAAUCGCGUUCAUACUCGUAAAGUAAGAUGCUCCACAAAGUCUACGGUGCCUAGCGAGGAUCAGAGUGCGUGCAGCAUGUGAGAACGACCCGCUGGUCGAUUCGUCGAAUUGCGUCGUGUUACAAAACUUUGGCCCUGGCCAAAUCGCCAACAACAACUCGGUCAUGAUGGCCAGUGCGGCGGAUGACUCGGCAGACGUGAGUCAGGAGGAGGAGAAAGAGUCCUUUGUCAUCUACCACGACGGCCGGGCACUGCAGCUCCACUGGCGCGGUGUGCCACCUCUGACGCGAGCGCCCGCAUCUCGCAUAUGCAGCAUUGGCGACGUGCUGCUCCUGCUGACCACCGACCACGCCCUGUACUCCGCUAAGCUGCAGCCGAACCGCAUCUUCCUCGACCUCCAGCUAUUGCGCACGGACGUGGUGGAUGUGGACUUCUGCUCUGGCAGCCAGGAGCUGUUCGUGGUGCUCAGCAAUGGAUCUGUGCAGCGCCAGCUUAUCACAGCAUCAGGCAGGGAUAUCCAUCAUCCGCAUGCCUGGCAAACGCUCAGCUUCGAUCCACUGGAGCUGCUGGCCGAGGGAGUUCGCAUUCAUCGCGUUUGCUGCUCCGCCCAGGGCGUGGUCUUUGUCGGUGCCGGUGGCGAAACCUACGUAAUGGGCACCUGCGGCGAGGUCUUUAAUACGGAGCAGCAGCCGCGCCACAUGCGUCUCUACGAAGAGGGCAAGGAACUACUCGAUCUGGCCGCCGGAAACGAGCACUUUGUGAUGUUGGUAGCGCCCUACAACCUAGCGGACGAUGUGCUCCAGCUGCAGGUGGCCAAUCCCCGAGAUGAGCCCGAGGACGACCGGGCCUCCGUGAAAUCGCUGAGCAGUAGAAACUCGGAGCGCAGCUUUGCGGCGAACACGCGGCAUCUUUUACACCAGGGAUACGCCCUGCUCCACACCCAGCUCUUCACGUUUGGCGCUUCGAAUAAUGGUCUGUUGGGAACCGGAGACCACAUCCGACGGGCGAAUGUAAUGCGAGUUCAGAAGCUGGACAGCAUGGGCGUGUGCAGCAUAGCUGCUGGACUGGAGCAUACGGUUUCCCGCACUCUGGACGGAAGGCUCUACCACUGGGGUCUGAACAGUCACUCACAGCUGGGUGAAGACCUGAGCUCGCCCAUGGAAAUUACCAUUGCGGAGAACGCGGCCUGCCUGCCCAUGGAGCAGAAGACAGCGCUAGAGGCUACUUGCGGGGACUACCACACGUUGCUGCUGAAUGCCUCCGGUCAGAUACAAUCGCUUCAGCCGCCGCCGCCAAUGCGUCAUCUGCAGCAGUCCAGCACGUAUGCCCAAACCCUACUCCAACUGCAGCUGGGAGCGGCAUGGCCGCGACAGUUGCGACUACUUAUGUGCUCCGGCGGAUUUACGCUGCAGAAUCAGCGACAGUUCCAGCGGCAGUACCACUACUACCUGAGCCACCUGCAGUCGCAACUGCAACUGCUGCUCAAGCACCGCCAGGCGGUCCAGACCCUGGAGAUCUGGCAACGGCAGUCGGCGUUGGAGACGCUCAGUGCCCUCGGACCGCUGCUGGUUAGUUGGGAACGGAUGCUGUGCCUGCUAGUGGCCACUCUGCACUCCCUGGAGGGAUUCUACCGAGCCGACUUUGUGCAGCCGGCGGAUCUGCUCUUUAUCUGCCACCACAAGGAGUACAUAGAGCUCUUCGAUGGCUAUACCAAGGCCUAUUGCGAUGUCUUCUCGGUAAACGGCUUUGGAGACGCGGUUGCGGCCAUCGCUGGACUCAAUAGCCCGCUGGCCGAGCUUAACGAGGAGAGCUAUGUGACGCGCCUGUUCCAACAACCAUUCAGUAUCUACCAGCUUUUUGUCCAGUUCAUGGAGUUGCUGGUAAGGACGCAGCCGGAAUACGGAGAGCAUCGGGUGGCCUGGACGGAGUUUGCGAGGCACAGCUGCAUCAGUCAAGAACUGGCCGUGAAUACCAGGGAUUUCUGGAGCAGCAAUGAUCGGAAUCCCCGAAUCGUUCAGUUCCGAAGACGCCAGCGAAGGGUGAUCCUAACGUCAGCCUUGGUGCCCCUGAAGCUGGUCUCCACUGGGAUCAGCAUAUCCAGCAACAGCUUCAUCCUUUUCUCCGACUUUCUGUGCCAAGUGGGCGGCAACUCACUGUACUCGUAUCCCUUGACAACCUUGUGGGUGUGGACGGAGGGCGACCUGUGCCUUAGGCUGACCACGCCCGAGAAAAGCUUUCUGGUGGCCACUCGUACUCAGGAGAUGCGCAAGGUAUGGCUGGACCAGCUGCAGUCUAGCAUCGUGGCUGCUUUGGGCAGGCCGAUGGGGAGUCCAGUGCCCAGUGCCCGUUCCACGGGUUACGAAUUCAGCCGGGAGCAUCCAAAGUUCUCGCGGGUGAAGGCGUGUGGAACCUGGAGGAAGGGCGUAAUGCACGGGAACUGCUACUUGGAAUACCCCGAUGGGAGUGUUUACUGCGGGGAGCUGAACCACGGGGUCAUUGAAGGCUAUGGCAAGAUGGUGAUUCCCUCAACGGGUCUGUACGUGGGUCACUUUAAGGGCGGCCGCUUUCACGGCCAUGGUGUCUACGAAAUGCAUUGCAAGGAUGCGCCCGAGAGCGAGAUAUACGAGGGGAACUUCUGCGAGGGCCUGUUCCACGGCCACGGAAUGAUGCGAAACAACCGAUACAUCUACGUGGGCGAGUACCAGGCUAAUGUCCGCUGCGGCUACGGCGUGCUAGAGGAUCUGAUGAACGGCGAUAAGUAUAUGGGCAUGUUUGCAGACAAUAAACGGGCGGGUAUCGGCAGCUGCAUAACCAACCGCGGCGACUACUUCGAGGGAAACUUCGCCGGCGAUGAUUUACUGGGCAAUGGAGUGGCUGUGUUCGAGAACGACUACUACUACGAAGGAGAACUAACCUUGCACGGCCCAAAUGGGCGGGGAGAAUACUAUAUGCCCUGCGGAGAAGCGGGCAACGUAAGUGUCUCGAUGGCAGGCAACGGGGACUCAGACGACACUUGCGAACUGAUCGGAAACAAGAUGUUUGGACAGCUUAGCGGCAGCUGGGAGACCGUACGCAUCCAGGCCGGCGAACUGGUCCUGAAUAGGCGCUUUCCAAAGUACCCAAGCUCUUUGGGCCGCCAGGUGGUGGAUCACAAUCGGAAGUGGCGUUCGCUAUUCAACAACUUUGAGUCGGACCUGGCGAACUGCACGGCCAGCAGCAAUCCUGCUUGUGCAGGCACCCUAAGGAAGUCCUCGAAACCCACGCUUAGCACAGCACAACUCUGGAACUGCAUUGCCGUGUACAUGAGCAAGCAGAGGGCUAGGGAAGGUGCCAAGCCAGGAAACUACUUCAACAACAUUCUGCUCAGCCUGCCGCUGCCGCAGAAGGAAUCUUCGCCCUUAGCCAAGGCGCGGUCCACAACGAACGCCCUAAGCAAGCUGCAAACGGAGGCUGCUUCGGCUCUUGACUUUCUGGGAUUUCCACCGCGCCGCAUUCAUUCUCAGGAAACGCUCAACAGCAAGCCAGGAGGACUCCAGCGGGCCGAUAGCUUGCUCUCAAUGGGACACAACUCUUCGCGGGAUUUGGACUCGAGUAGUCUGGCCAGCUUCCAGCUCGACCAGAGCCUCCUCAACAGCACCUUCAAUGGCGACGAGUCGAGUACGUUAAACGAGAGCUUCGCUGGCCUGAGUCACAACAACAACAACAACGGCAUAUCGAAGCAGAAGAACAGCAGUGAUUGCUCUAUCACCUCGACUGCAUCGACGACUAGUGCUAUGCUGGAUCAGGUGCCCAGCUUUGGCAUGGCCACCACGCUGACGGAUCAGGACUUGGCCUCAAUACGACUGUACCUGGAGCAGGCCUUCAAGGAUCGUCAUCAUCCGCUGUACGCGCUGAACGAGCGCAUUGCUAAUUGUUUCCACUACUCCUAUGGUUAUUGGAAGGUCAAGCCCACACCAAUCUUGGCCAAACAGGCGAUGCGGGAAUGGGAGUCCAUAUCUAGACGCAUUUACCGAUUUGUGCGCAAGAUGUUUCCCGCCUUGCCGGAGGACUACUGCCACAUGGAGGGCAGCAGGGAGGUGAUAUCGCACAUCACGCUGCUUUAUCCGCUUGUACUCUCGGAGGGCAUAUACUCCACACUCUUUGUGUUGUACGCGAACAAGUAUAGUCGCAAGGACGAAAUGUACCGCCAGAAUCUGAACCAUGCCGAGAAACUAAAGGACCAAGAACUCGUUGAAAUAAUGGGCCAUGAGAGUUUUCUCCAGACCGUGAUGCUGGAUCCAAAGUUUGAGGAGUCCGUGCAGACGUUGAAGCAACUGCAGGAGAAGUUUAGUCCCCAGGACAUGUUGACUGUGAUACAGCGCAGCACGCAGCUGCUGACCGAGGCCUAUGAGCAUGCCAUGUCGGCCAAUGCCGCCCAGUUGAAUGCGGAUAACAUGAUUCCGCUCACCAUGCUCACGAUGCUGCGUGCUGCGGUGCCCCACUUGGGUGCGGAGUUGGCCCUGCUAGACGAUCUGACGGGCCCCAAUUUUCAGGCCGAGAUGAAUGGCAUGGCGGGUUAUUGCUACACCACCUUAAAGGCAGCCUACGAAUUCGUUACCUUGCGAGCUCUGCAAAAGAAUCCCUGAAUCAACCUGCUGUAAUAUGUAUUUCCCCCUGUUUUUUGUGUACUUGUUAAAAAGAGUGAUUGAAUCGGUUGCUCAAAGUUCGGCUAUCAUUCUAAUCUACACAGACACCGUUGCUAAAGGUGUCUAGUAAGGCCUGAAUGGAGCAACAAUCGUAGGAAUAAUCUAGAGUGAGAGUACUCCGUUGGCAAUGUAAGGCUAAGAGAAGUGAUCUUUGAAAUCGUAUAUAAAUUUGUAUAUACUUCAGCGACGAAACUCCCUCAUAGGCUAGCGAGUCACGAUUCUGUACAGAAGCAAAUAGUGAAUGUGUAUCUAUAUCUUUAUGUAUCCGAAUGUAUCUGUUUUAUAUAUUCUAAGGCAACAACACAUUAACAUUCCGAUUAUUCACCAAACCAAAUAAAUUAUCUUCUGCAUAAACUGA